CUAACCUCACGCGCAAGCACUGACGCAGGCGGAAGAAACCUCGUCGGGCCCCACCCAGCCUCCCAACGAGGGCACCGAUUUGAUGACGGUACCACGCAUACGCACUCUCCGUGUGUGCCAUGGGUGCUCAAAUCCACAAUCCGCAAGCACUGACGGGCAUCCUUUACCGCGGACGCAUACGUGCGCCUUUUGACCGCAGGCGNCACCGUCGGUACAACACGUGGCCCCAAACCGCGGGAACCAACGGGCACCCUUUAACCGCGGGUACAUACGUGCGCCUCUUAACCGCAGACGCGGUCGUUAAGGCACCCAAAUCAGUACAACUAGGGGUUACCCCCAUCCUCAUCUAUGCGAAAGAAGGGCAGAUCGUCCAUAGGAAGGAGAGAUCGUACCCGAAUGUCAAGAUCCUGCAGAUUAGUAAUCUCCCGCGUCCCCUCUGUACUAUCCACGGCCCACAAUGCCAACUCAGUCGUCGGGGCAUUCGCCCGCACGUCACAAUGAAACCAGUGGACCGUCGUGAUAGAACAGAGGAAACGCAGUCUAGCAUAAACAUCAUGAAGAGACAGCGUAGAGAAGGAGGCGGAGAACUAGUGUUUUGCUUUCAGAAUCCGUCUCCUCCGUUUCGUUCCCGGCGACGCAUCUGGGUGAAGAAAGGAGAUAAACGGUCAGGAGAGGGGGAGCGAACAGAGAGACAGAGACGAGCACGAGGGGUUUGGAUCGGAAACCCAUCUCCUCCUCCGCUGUUUCCCGACGGAGACACCAGGCACGCCGCGACCAGGGCUUCCAUCCCCAGCCAAACGCCAUCUGAGUUCAUUUACGAACGGUCAUCUAGGUUGAAAUUCAAAUUCCGUUUUGUUGGAACUUGGGACGUCGUGGAUUGAAAAUUUUUCCUCAUGCAAAUUCUUCUCUCUUAAGCUUUCCACCAAAAAAAUGGUAGAUGCAAAAGAGAGAUUAUUAAAGAGUUUUAAAAAAAUGGCUAAAAAAGAACGAGAUUUAUCGAUAUGGAAAAAUCGGGAGAAAAAGCAUGGAUAUGCAGAUGGGAUUGACUUAGGUAAUGAUUGUGGCAUGUGUGCUUUGUUUUGUUAAAUCAUUAUUUUUAUUAUUUUAGUCGACCAAUUGUGUUUAAUAUGUGCAUGAUAAUUAGGCUUAUGGCACAUUAUAUUAUGACGGCUUAUAUUUUCUUGUUCAACUUCCUAUGUGAUAUAUUAUAUUACUCGUAGUCAUUGUGAAAUUAUUUUUACUUAUGCAUUGCAUGAUUCAUAUAAAAUCGUGUGUGCCUUAUAUAGACCUAUUUUG